CCAUUCAGUAAAGCUCAGUCCCUGGAGUCUUACCGGCCAGGUGAGAGGGAUCUAUACGGUCGUUGCCAUGGCGAGCUACCAGCACAGAAACACCUGAUGAUGCAGGUUGUCCAAUUGAAGAGCUCCCCCCUGAGGCCCCCUGCUGACCGAUAACAAGCACAACUCAUCUCUGUACAAGUCUGAGAGCUUCAUGAGUGUGUGCACAUAGCCUCCACUCCACCUCUGUGUGUGGCACCAUGCUGUGGACAGUGCUACUAGCGCUGCUGGUGCUUCUGUUGCUGCAGACUCAGCUGUCUGUGUGCAUAAGGGAAUUACGCACCGGGGGCUCCAGCUCUCCUAUUUACUCAUCUUCCUCAUCUUCGUCAUCCUCCUCGAUGUUCAAUGCCACCCAGCAGCGGCUGCCUGGAGCUAUCAUUAUUGGGGUGCGAAAGGGCGGCACCAGAGCCCUGCUGGAGAUGCUCAACCUGCACCCAAAUGUGGAGGUGGCAAAGGCUGAGGUGCACUUCUUUAAUGUGGAGGAGCACUACCGCCGAGGCCUGGCCUGGUAUCGAACCCAGAUGCCCUUCACCCUCCCUGGCCAGGUGACUGUGGAGAAGACCCCCGGGUACUUUGCAGCCCCUCAGGCACCAGCAAGAGUGUGGGACAUGAACCCAGCCGUCCGUUUGUUACUCAUCGUCCGGGACCCCGCUGAGAGAUUGGUCUCCGACUACACCCAGGUCCUCCACAACCGUCUGACUCGUCACAAGCCCUACCAACCCCUAGAGGAACUCCUGCUCCACAAAGGCCACAUCGAUCCCAGUUACAAGGCAUUGCAGAGGAGCCUCUACCACCUGCACCUGGACCGCUGGUUGGCGGUCUUUCCACGGGAGCAGAUCCACGUGGUGGAUGGUGAUGCGCUCAUACGAGAUCCUUUCCCUGAGCUGAGGAAAGCCGAGCGGUUUCUAGACCUGCCUCCUAGAAUCAGCCCCAACAACUUCUACUACAACACCACCAAGGGCUUCUACUGCCUCCUGUCUGCCGGACAUGACAAGUGCCUGGACGAGUCUAAAGGCAGACCGCAUGCACCGCUAAGCCCUCAGGCUUUCAAGAAACUUUGCCGCUACUUCAGGAAGCCAAAUAAGUUGUUCUUUGAAAUGGUCGGCCGGUCCUUUUCCUGGUGCUGAUCUAAAGAAUCCCUAUGGUGGAUGGUGACUGGAGAUAAAAAAAAACCUCCUAAACAAUGCCUACAUAUUCAGGGACAUUCAAGGAAACUGUUACAUGAGUAUCCCUUAGGUCAGCAGGUGGACGAGUCGAUGGAUUUUAGUCAUUUCCCCGUUGUUGAUACCUACUCAGGUAUAAAAAAGGCCAGAAAACCAGUUGAAGAUUCAGACUGAGUGAACACUUGGCCGUUACAAACCUUUACCACAAAUACCAUACUGGUGCCUCUGUGGAGAAACUCGACUUGACAAAGCUACAACAUCUGUGCCAUACAUGUUUGAACUGAACUGAUUGUUAGUGCAUAUUUGUGGAUGUUAAAAGAAGAUGUACAGAAUUGUAGAAGUAGACAAGUUGUGAAAGGAUGGUUGAUGAAUUGUUGCACUAUGAACUGCACAAAAACUCAAUCAAGGUUAACAGUUUUACGCAGGCUGUUGAUUUUUGUAACAUAUUUGAGAGUUAGAAGUAUUUUUUAGUUCAGUCAUAUUGUUUACUUUCAUCUUUUGUUCAUUUUUAGGCUUUUUUGUUUUCUUUGAGCGAAUCUGUUUUAAAUCCUUCUGAGAAUUGCCACGAAACUAGAUUUUGUUUUCUUUUUAUGGUCGAUGAAGUACUAUUGAGUGUUCAUGUUUUUUCAAAGACAUCCUCCUAAUAAACGUGUUGAGUCUUACAGUC